AUGGAACUCAACAGAAAACAUUUUCGCGCCAUAAUUUAUUACAACUUUCAGACACAAUUAUCGCAACAAAAAUACCUUACUGAGUUACUGUCUGUUUUCGGCAACGAAGCGCCACAUCAUCUUAGCGACGAUCCCAGGGUGGGUGCACCAAAACCGGCAGUCACCCAAGAAAACGUUGAUGCUGUGCGCAAACUCAUCAUUGAAGAUAGACAUGUGACAUAUCGCGAGAUUGAAGCGUCCUUGAAGAUCUCAAAGACCUCAAUUCAAAAAAUGUUACUUGAAGAAUUAUUAGUAAGAAAAUUAGUUUCUCGUUGGAUACCCCACCUGUUGACUGAAGAGCAGAAAGCAGCCAGGGUUAAUUGGUGUCAAAAAACGCUUGACCGUUUCAAUUCUAGAAACACAAAAAAUGUGUACAGCAUUGUGAGUGGUGAUGAAUCGUGGAUUUACUGUUAUGAACCAGAAAAUAAACGACAGUCGGCUGUUUGGCCAACAAAAGUCAUCCGUUCUCGAAGUGUUUCAAAAAAGAUGGUCGCGAUAUUUGUGUCAAAAACGAGUCAUAUUGCAACAAUUUCUCUUAAUGAGCAAAGAACUGUUACUACAGAUUGGUAUACCACCAUUUGUUUGCCAAAAGUCAUCACCGGGCUUCGAAAAAUCAACCCCGAAAGAAGAAUCAUCCUCCACCAAGACAAUGCAAGCUCGCACUCAGCCCAAAAAACAAGGCAGUAUUUAACGCAAGAAAACGUGGAAUUAUUGGGCCAUCCUCCAUAUAGUCCCGAUCUAAGUCCUAACGAUUUCUUUACUUUCCCGAAAAUUAAAAACAGACUGCGUACAAACGAGUGGAAUAAGUGCUUCGAAAAUUGGUUCGAACGCAUGCAGGUGUGUAUUAAUCUUCGUGGAGAAUACUUCGAAAAACAAUAA